AUGUCCACUUUCAGCUCCUGCAAAACCUUCAAAGCCCAGGAUACCAAGGUAUAUGAUACUGACAAUUCCAAUCAGAAGGAGAAGUUUGAGGCCGACUUGAAGAAGGAUAUUAAGAAACUUCAGAGGUACACAGACCAGAUUAAGACAUGGAUACGGUCCAGCGAGAUCAAUGAUAAGAAGGAUCUAAAGGAGAAAGCCAAGUCAGAGACUAGAGAUUGGUUGAACAAUACGGUGUCUGAGCUGGAAUCUCAAAUCGAUAGCUUUGAAGCUGAGAUGGAUGGGCUAUCUGUUAAGAAAGGAAAAACAAGAGUGCUCAUGGAAAGGCGGGGGGGCUAUGGGCAAGAAUAUAUAAAUCGUUACAAGACGAUGACAAGAUUUCACCAUCAGCGAGUACCAUUAGUUAUUCUUGUAUGUGGCACAACAUGUGUUAGAAAGUCAACAAUUGCUACCCAGCUUGGUCAAAGGCUAAACUUGCCAAAUGUUUUACAGAUGGAUAUGGUCUAUGAAUUGCUAAGAACAUCAACAGAAUGGAUAGUGCCAGGUUGGAGGCUUGGGUGGUUUGUUACAACUUAUCCUAAUGGCAUCUUCAAGAAUGCUAAGAACAUUGAGCGCCUAAAUAAGUACUUUGAUAUAUGUGGUGGUCCAGCAACCUUUAUUCAGGCAGCUGUUCCUCGGAUCUGUCACACCCCCGAACCAGAUGGCGGAAACGUCCGGGGGCUCGUGUGA